GCCAUUUCCGAAGAUUUCCGAAAGACUCCGAUCGAUGCUGGUACGACUUCACUUGCAAGACCCAUUCGGCGCUUUAGUAAAGAGGUUUAAUCACAAUCACCUGCUACUCUUCAGGAAGAAGCGGCCAAGAAGAAAGAUACCAGCAACAGCAACAAGAAACAUCAGAUCAAAAUGGCAGCCCAACAAGCAGAAGCUCGUGCCCGUAUCCAGAAAGUGUAUCAAGAAGUCGGAGCACCUUGUUUGUCUGCCGCAGAAUUCACGCUCACCAAGGUCUUUAUUGACUACCGAGCAUGGGAUGCAAUCCCGGAUCAAGGGGACAUUGCUGUCUCUGAGUUGGCGGAGAAAAUCAGUGGUACACAUGAGGUAGUCGACCGUAUCACGGCUUUCUUAGUGGCACGCAAAGUUCUCGAUUCACCAGCUCCGGGCCGCGUUGCUCACACGGAAAAAUCUCGCGGUUACAAGUCUGGUCAACCUACUGCCUGGAUGUGGAUUCACAUGUUCAACAAUGUCUUUCGCUCUUUUGCUCAACUGCCGGCCUUCUUCGCCCAGCAUGGCUUGGCUUCGCCUGACAGCGUCAAUUUCACACCCCUUGGUUUGGCUCAUGGUCAUGAGGACAAGGCCGCUUACGAUAUCAUCGUUAGUGACAAAGACGUCCAUAAGGGAUUCAAUGAAGCUCUCAGGGAGGUUGGAGAGAUGUAUUCCUUGAAGGGUAUCUACGAUUUCGGGUGGUUGCAGGAAACCCUCGCUGCGGGGUCACGAUUCGCGGUUGUGGACGUCGGUGGGAGUCAUGGUCUGGCCUUGCGCGACAUCGUUCGCAGCUACUCAUUUAUUUCGGUAGAGAGAUGCGCUGUGUACGAUCUCCCACAGGUGGUUGAGAACACGAGAAAAAACCUCGAUCAGAAUCCAGACGAUUUGCAGAAAGUGCAGCUUGUAGGAGGAAGCAUGUUUGAGCCUUAUCCCGAAUCAGUUCGGGGCGCCUGUGUCUACCAAUUCCGCCGCGUCCUCAACGAUUUUCCAGACCAGGAUGUCAUUCGAGCCCUUAAGAGUGUACGAAAGGCAGUUGCGCCCGAUUCACGUGUUCUGAUCAUCGAGGAUAUGCUCAACCCAAAACGUAUCGCCCUGAAUGUUGGUAUAGACAUCGCUCUUAUGAUGGCAGCAGGCAAGAGGAGGAAUGCGGCCAUGUAUAGCGAGUUGGCGGAGCAGGCUGGAUUCCGUCUGGCAGCCGAGUUUCAAAACAACAACUCUGACUUUGAUGACUUUGGUGUGCUCGAAUUCGUGGUGGCAUAAGAUUCCAUCAACACAGAUUUGUUGUCUGAUGGUCCGUCUAACCUCAGUAUAUC